GCUGUCAACAGGAAAGUCGACCGAGCUCCUGCACGCUGACAGUUCGCCGCGAAGCGUCGCGAUCGGAGUGCGCUCGAGGAAGUGGUUUGAACGAAAAAUCUUCGCGAUACCUCCCAUCGCGGUAUCCGCAGCUUCGAUUAACGUUGCACGAUCUUCGGCCCCGGACGAACGUUGAGCGUAAGAACGUUGCCGACGGUACCUGGCGCACUUUGUCACGAGAAAAGUGCUUUUCCGGUGACAGUCGGGGAAAAGCGCGCGGGGUGUUUUUCGAGGAGGAAAAUCCACCGCGCUCGUGUGGGUCGUGGUUAUCCACCGUGGGCUGGGCAGAGGAAGGAAUUGAUUUAUUUCCACCCGAGGAAAAAUUGAUGUCGACCUUGUUUGGCUGCGGUUAUGAGCGCGUUUCAUUGGCGGGAUUUACGUGUCGGCUUGGUGGGAUGGAAAAUUCCUGGAGAGAGGAGUCGCGUUUCAAUUUGACCGAGGACGUGUGUAGCGUGAUUCGUAGUCGAAUUGGAGAGUUCUCGGUAAAGGCUUUUGGACCGAUCGGGGGAGAAGCGACAUUUAUUUUCUUAGCGGAGUGGAAGCCGCUCGAGGUGUUCUAUUAUAACGACGGUGACGCAGCUCGCGACUCCGUCUGCGUGACUCGACUCCGUGCAGUUUCCACGUCCGAAGAGAGACGGAAGAGAGGACAUACUGGAGAAUAAAUUUUUAACUCAUUUCCUGGGAACUCGCGCCUAUAUUUAUCUACGCCCGCGAACUGCACUCCACGUCUCGACGCCCGUUCGAAAACGCAAGCUCUCUGUGCGUGGUCAUCCAAAAGUUCCCACUCUCGGGGCAAAACCAUAAAUUUUACUCUCUUCGUCCUUUAAGAACAUGAAAAACUAUGUCGUUCCGAUACUAUGCGCGACAUUGACCCAUAACGAUUUCUCUUGCAUUCUAAUUACCCGGUUUUAUCCGCUCUAGAAAAACCAACCAAGCGACUCGUACCGCGUUCACGAGUGACCGGUCUGGUGCAAUAAAUCUUAGCCGACUACUCUAAUUAACAGUUUAUGUUAACUAAUUUCGAAACUAUACAACUUCGUGUCUUUCAUCGGCGCAAUAUUGAGUUCGUGAAGUCUUGUCAAAUCAGCUUCGGAAAAUCCUUCAUGAACAGCCCACGAAGGAUACUUAUGGUACUUCCUAUUUCGCGGUAGUCGCGGGACUUCAAGGUACCUCCAUUAAAGUACCCCGAUUUCUCCAGCGAUGGUGUUACUCAAUUUUCCCGACUAUUCGGAAAGUGGCGUUGAACGACUUCCAGGCUAAUCAGGGCCGGGAAGAUUUACUAGGCCGCGAGGCGCGCGUAUCGUUGAUAGUGCCGCUUCGAAGACGCCGGUCUCCAGUGAUAACGAAGUUGGGUCUAACCAACCACUCGCGCCGACGUUAACCGGUUCCACGAGGAAGCGAUAUCUCACCCAACGUGUUAUCGCUCACGUGAAAUUCGGUGCUCCGCUUCCGCUCGAAGGCGUUGCGGCCACACUUGCCGCACACGUGCGUAGGUGCGAGCCGCCAUCUUGGAUGCGCUUUACGCGCAGUCGGCGGCCUGCUGACGGACCGACGAGAUAAUCCCUCGAUAACGAGGACAUCCCGUUGAUUGAGGUCUUAUUCGGGAACAAACCUGAAUCUCGAAGUGGAGGACUAAGCAUGAAAAGUAUUAUUUUGGGGAGCUGAAGAACCGAUAGACGAUAAACGAAGAGUGCGCGAUUUAAUGACGUUUCCAACGCCAUGUCGGUGACCAAGACCAUGCCAAUUCCGCCGCGACCCCCGAAGAUGAAGCACCACGUUGUGUGCGAUACCUCUCAGAAGAUGGUAAACGGAGACGACGACUGGGAGUACGAGGAGAUCGUUCUCGAGAGAGGGGGCGCGGGUCUCGGGUUCAGCAUCGCCGGUGGCACGGACAACCCCCAUUUCGGCAAUGACACCGCCAUCUACAUCACCAAGCUCAUCCCCGGCGGUGCGGCGUCCGCUGACGGACGUUUGCGCGUCAACGACACGAUCCUGCAAGUCAACGACGCCUCCGUCGUCGACGUCCCGCACGCGACUGCGGUGGACGCGCUCAAACGCGCCGGAAACACCGUCAAACUGUGUGUGCGACGUCGGCGGCACACGCAGCUGAUAGAGAUCGAACUAAUCAAGGGCAACAAGGGACUUGGCUUCAGCAUCGCUGGGGGCAUCGGAAACCAGCACAUACCCGGUGACAAUGGGAUUUACGUCACGAAGAUCAUGGAAGGAGGUGCGGCUCAGGUUGACGGACGCCUGGUCGUCGGGGACAAAUUGGUCGCCGUUAGAAACACAUUGCAGGGCGACAAAAAUUUGGAAAAUGUGACGCACGAGGAAGCGGUGGCGACCCUGAAGGCGACCCAAGACAGGGUGGUUCUUUUGGUGGCCAAACCCGAGGGAACGCUCCCACCACCCCCGCCAGCCUCCGAUCUCUCGCUUUCGCCACAACCACGAAAACAAAAUGGUUCGGUUUCAGCACUGGAGAACUCGCUAGUGUACUCGCAAGAGUCGCGCCACGCGUCCUCGCUCGCUCUACACGGCGCCGCGACGCCUCGCGCCGUCUCCCAGGAGGACGUUACUCGAGAGGUACGUACGGUCAUCCUCAACAAAGGCUCGUCAGGGCUGGGCUUUAACAUCGUCGGAGGGGAGGACGGCGAGGGAAUCUUCAUCUCCUUCAUCCUGGCCGGAGGACCAGCCGACCUUAGCGGUGAACUUCGCCGAGGGGAUCAGAUCCUCAGCGUGAAUGGAGUCAACUUGCGGACCGCCACCCACGAGGAGGCCGCGGCCGCCCUCAAGGGCACCGGUCAGACAGUGACCAUUGUGGUCCAGUACAAGCCCGAGGAUUACAACAGGUUCGAGGCCAAGAUCCACGACCUCAAGCAACAGAUCUCCCAGCAGAAUAUGAUGACAGGCACCCUCAUGAGGACCUCGCAAAAGAAGUCUCUCUACGUUCGAGCCCUUUUCGACUACGACCCUAACAAGGACGAUGGCUUGCCAAGUCGCGGACUGGCCUUUCGUUACGGAGAGAUCCUUCACGUAACAAACGCUAGCGACGACGAAUGGUGGCAAGCUAGAAGAGUCACUCCUCAGGGCGAGGAGGAAGGUCUAGGGAUAAUCCCGUCUCGUAGACGAUGGGAACGCAAGCAACGCGCCCGAGAUCGUUCCGUCAAGUUCCAGGGCCACAUGCCCGUGAUACUCGACAAGCAAUCGACCUUGGAUAGGAAGAAGAAGAAUUUUUCGUUCAGCAGGAAGUUCCCCUUCAUGAAAAGCAAGGAUGAUAAGUCCGAGGAUGGUUCGGAUCAGGAACGGUCGCCCACAACACCCGAGAAUGAAAACGAUCAUACGCCAUUCAUGCUGUGCUACACCCAGGACGACACUAACACGGAAGAUUUGUCUUCCGCCACAGGAAGUAGGGAAAUUUUGUAUCGCGUUGAACUGCCCUAUAUGGAGGAACUGACUUUAGUUUAUCUGGAAAAGGAGGAUGAUGAGAAUAAUGAUGAACUUUGCAGCGAAGAAAACGUGUUAUCCUAUGAAGCUGUUCAGCAACUUACCAUUCAAUAUACUCGACCAGUUAUCAUUUUGGGCCCUCUCAAGGAUCGCAUCAAUGACGACCUCAUUUCUGAAUUUCCCGACAAGUUCGGCAGCUGUGUACCACACACGACGAGGAGUAAAAGAGAGUACGAGGUAGACGGACGCGAUUACCAUUUCGUAGCAUCGAGGGAACAAAUGGAGAGGGACAUCCAAAAUCACCUGUUCAUCGAAGCUGGACAGUACAAUGACAAUCUGUACGGUACGUCGGUGGCAUCGGUUCGAGAAGUUGCCGAAAAGGGAAAGCACUGUAUUCUUGACGUAAGCGGGAACGCCAUCAAGAGGUUACAAGUUGCUCAGCUCUACCCCAUCGCUAUCUUCAUCAAACCAAAAUCAGUCGAGUCGGUCAUGGAGAUGAACAAAAGGAUGACCGAAGAACAAGCGAAGAAGACCUACGAGCGUGCGCUUAAAAUGGAGCAGGAGUUCGGAGAGUAUUUCACCGCCGUGGUACAAGGCGACACCCCCGAAGAUAUCUACGUUAAGGUGAAAGAGGUAAUCACCGAACAAUCGGGACCGAACAUUUGGGUACCAUGUCGGGACCAGCAACUGUGACGUCCUGCCCCCCAGGCGCCUCCCAGCCCUAACGCUUGGACCCUACCUCCAAGGCGUAAAGAUUAAUUACUGUUAAUUAAACAAUUAAGUAACACUCUAACGCCUUUUCCCCACCUAAGUAGCACAAUAAACUAGUUAAGGCACGCGCGCGAAGCUGAUCGCUUCCAAGUAUAGUCUCGAAUUGCCGCAAGGAAUUUAAAACGACAAAAAAACAUUGCCCAGUCCCCUUCUCACAGUUGUUAAUGGUUAUAAAGUUGCGCGAAUUACCUUCCGCGAUUCGUCUUCUACUCCCGAAUCGCGGCCUAUUCGGUCGGUACGUCGUUAAAUCGAGAAUUCAUGAACGGAGUCAAGGCGUGAGCGAAAAUGCUCCAGGGACUUCGUUGCGACAAAAAUAAAAAAAAGAAACGGAGUAAUCGGUCAAGUACGAUGUGCAUGCGAAAUACGCUCGAGCUUGCGACGAAAGGCAAAGUUCGAACGAGGGGAAUCCUACCCACAGCCAUACUCUGUAAAUGACUAAAUGUAAAACCCUCGAUUCGUUGGCGGGCGACUCCACGUUCCAGCAAAGAACAGAGGACUUGAUUAUCGGACGCUUAUAACUAAUUUCGUUCGUCCGACCGUAAAGCGUUAGAAAAUUGAGAGAAUUUCGAGUUAUCUAUUGGACUUCGUGCGAUACCUUAACGGAGUCGACUGACCAUUACGAACAGAUUAAUGUUCCGAAUCAAAUAUGUAUGUACAUGGAUGAAGCCAGUCUCGGUAUACGGAGAUUGACGAAGCGAAUACGCGCGGAUUUCGGCCGAAGUUAUGAAGUUCCAGUGUACGAGGUUUCGCUGAGGUGCAGAACGACUGGCUCUGGCUUCACCGAUGUCCAAGUAGCUUGUCGGUUAUACUUGAGUGAAGUAGCGCGGUAUUUUUUAAUGUACUUAAUUCGCGUAGGACGAAGUUUACGGUGAUGAAAGGAUCAACGAUCGGUUCAAGUCGCGGACAUAAUGUAUGUAUACUUAUAAUGAAGAGUAGCUAUGUAUGUAAGACAGGGACGCGCCGAAUGGACGUGCCGUCACCUCGUGUCGAGCUGAAGGAUCGUAUUGGGAAUAUUGAUGACAAAUGACACUGCAUCGCCGCACGAAGGUACGACGUGAGGACGUCGUGAUAUAAUAUAUUGUUAGUCGAUGGCGCGACCUCACGAUCUAUCAAGCCUCACAGGACAAAUCUCUAGAGGUAGUAUAGCGAUAUAUAAUGUUUUGUACAGCUAGAUGACUAAGCCAGUAAUGGGUUAUGUGCAACAUUAUAUAGAGACACUAUUGUAAUUUAAAUACCACUACUAAAUUAUUGUAAUAGUAGGUAUACUACUGUAAAUACCUAUACUUAUGAUUAUAUCGAGAUCAAGUCGGAUAGGGCAGAAAGCUGACGGAGAUUACCGUGAGAGUUCAUACGUAGGCCUCGGAUACAUAUAACUACAAGUCCAUUCGCGACUAACGUGACUCGCCUAUUCCAAUUAUUUAUACAUGCAUAUAUCGAUGAUCCCUUUCAAGGAUAAAUCGCCGACUUUGCCAUUCGUGAAAGCAGAAGUUUAGAAUAAUUGCUGAUUAAACCCCCUAACGGAGUCUGAAUCGGAAGAGAACCCGCACGAAGCGGUAUUCUACCCCAUUUCAAUUUUUCAUAAUUCUGGUUAAACUAAUUUACUGUACAUAUAAUCUGGAAUAAUUACAUUAUAGCCGAUUUAAACGAUCCGAUUCAAACACACGUAAAUCAUAUUUGGCCCUUACGUCUUAUUGCCACGAUAACAUUGCAAAAUAUCACAGUUCGUUCUAAAGGCUUUCUCACGGGAAAUUCAGAAACGCUGAAAUCGGGCGAGUUUGCGUUCUUUUCGGAUGAACUUAUACUUAUUACAUUGCACGGAGGUGUCGAUAAUUAAAGCUAAAGAUAUAAUAUAUUCCUAGAGAGAGAGUAUGUGUGUGUGCGUGUGUCAGCGAACGCGAGAAAACGAGAACGAGAGAGAGAGCUAAUAGAGAAUUAUUAUUAUAACGAUUGUUUGUCAAUUUAAUUGUAAUAUAAACUACUUAAUGGUAACGGAUAUAGAAUAUUAUAAUUUGUACCGAGGAUCGGCGCAGUAGAGUUCGCCGAUUUGCAAACGUGUCUCCAUCACAUCUCCGGCGAGAAGGAGCUACAAGCCGAGGAAGCAAAAAUAAUUACCAUUUGUCACUUGUCGGUAUACACAGUUGCCUUUGCUAUGCGAGAUGAUGACAAACGUUGAUUUCGUUUUGUACGUACGUGUGCGCACAGGUAUCGCUCGGAACUGAAUGGAAUGUUAGGUGUAGUCAAUGUUGAGGCACUUCGUGCAACGGAUCCUGUAAUAUUGAGGCUUUUUCAACUACCGGCUCAUAACUAGGAGCAUGUUAACGCGGUUACGGGAGUGAAGUACCUCCACGGUACUUCAGAGUUGUCCCGAACCUAAACACGAAGGCCCGACGUUCACCGAGUAAGGGUAAUAUCUGUCUCGAUAUAAAUAAACGUAUAAAGAGAAUAACUAUUGCAAACACGUAUUACACGUCUCUAUAGUCUAUUUAAUAAUAUUACUUAUUGAAUUAUCAAUCUCAUGUUCACCUUGUUUCAUCGUUUUUUAAUAGUUAAUAAACGUUUUACCAAUUUUA